GUUAAAUAGGGCCUGAUUCGAUGAAUUUUUCGUAAAGGCUCAAAGCUUUUUGCGAGAAACUUUCUACUUAUCAGAAAAGAAAAAUGCGUUACCAAUUUGCCGAUCGGUUUAAUGGAAGUCCGUUGACAAACUCAUACGGCACAACUCCUGAGAGGCCUUCUUCUCUAUCCGAACCUGUUAGCUUAUGCCAAAGCCCAUCUUACUCAGAUGCCUCUUCUUCUUUCAACACAGAUGAAGCGGGUCCAAAGAAGGGUCACAAGAAAAACUUUGGAAGAAAAAAUGCUAGUUUCACAUACAGGAUCAGAGAGCAUGUCAAACUUGGGUCAAGGUUUUCUGAGACUGUUAAGGGGAAGCUGAGCUUGGGGGCAAAAGUGAUUAAGGAAGGAGGGAGAGGGAAUAUAUUUAAACAAAUAUUUGGAGUGAAGGAAGGUGAAGAACUCUUGAAGGCCUCUCAGUGUUACUUAUCUACAACAGGUGGCCCAAUAGCUGGACUACUUUUUAUUUCCACUGAAAAGAUUGCCUUCUGCAGUGAAAGAGCCAUUACUUUCCCCUCUGCAACUGGACAAUUGAUUAGAACGCCAUACAGGGUGGUGAUACCAAUAAAGAAAAUCAAGAGAGCCAACCAAAGCGAGAAUGUGAACAACCCAGCACAGAAGUACAUGGAAAUUGUUACUGAAGAUGAUUUUGAAUUUUGGUUUAUGGGAUUCUUGCGGUACGAGAAAGCUUACAGAAACCUUAUAAAGGCUCUUACAAUGGCCAACAAAAUGUGAAAGACUUCAAGUGUAACAGUCAAAAUUAUGAACUUUCUGUUAGGCCUAUGUGUUUGUUAAGUCAGAGAAGAAGAAAAUUCUCCUUUAUGCUAGCACAUGAGUUUUGUAUUUUUCAGUUUUGGAUAUCUAUCCUUGUAAUUAAUCAACAAAAGUAGCUGUUGUCUAUAUCUUUACCUUUAGACAAGUACAAGGAAGUUUUUUUUUUUUCAUGCUUUUAAAAUUUGGGGUCAAUAAUUAGA